AGGGUUCGCGGGCCUUUCAGAGGGCUCCCGUCUCCCACAGGGUUAGCUCUGGUGCUCCGCGCGCCGCGCCACUCGUUCACGCCCACCCCGCGCGCAGUCCGCGCCCGACCGAAGCCCAGGUGCUCGGCUGGGGACUGAGUCCCCCCCGGGUGCAGCAGAGAUCGUGGAGGCGCCUGGAGAAAUGGCUGGAAAGGUGUGUAAGAGCGUGCAACCGAACUCCACGCGGGCACCGGCAGAGCUGGAAGUUAAGUGCGCUGCCCAGCUCAGGAGAAUUGGAGACAAAUUGAAUCCCCUGGGCUGUGCCACGGAGAUCUGGGCGGUGCUUGCCGAGAUGCCUGGGAAGAAGGCGCGGAAGAACUCACAGCAGGGUCCACCGCGGGCGCAGGCAGAGCUGGAAGUCGAAUGUGCUGCUCAAUUCAGGAGAAUUGGAGAUAAACUGAAUUUUCGGCAGAAACUUAUGAAUUUGAUUUCUAAACUCUUCAGUUUGAUAACCUGACUGCUUCAGAAGCUUUGGCGUGAAGGGACUUCUUUCAAAAGAAAGUAUCCUCAAUAGUGUCAAUCUUACUGAUUAGAGGAAGAUGACACUGUAAUUGAGAGAAAUGUGAAAGAACAUUCACUUGCUUCGGGCUGCCUUUGGAAAGGGAAGAUGGAAUAUGAAGGGCUUUGAACAUAGGGGAACACAGGGAAGUAAUGAAUAUUCCCACCCUGUCCUGUACUAGGGAUUGCACCCAGCAUCUUGUGUGGACCUACAUCCCUAGCUCUUUUUUUUUUGUUUUUUAGUUUGAAAAAGGGUCUCCCUAAGUUGCCGAAG